CUCUCCUGCGGAGUGUGGUGGAGGCUCCUUCUUUGGAGGCUUUUAAGCAGAGGCUGGAUGGCCAUCUGUUAGGGGUGCUUUGAAUGCAAUUUCCUGCUUCUUGGCAGAAUGGGGUUGGACUGGAUGACCCAUGAGGUCUCUUUUGAAACAACAUUUUUCUAAAACGCUAACAGAACGAUGGCCACGCCUCUGCCUCCCUCCCUCUCCCACUCUGAUUGGCUUAGCACAAGGCUUCUGGGAAAUGGAGUUUUAUCCAGGCCAUUUCUGCUUCCUUCGUUUCCACUUAAAUAAAUGGAGAAAAUUCAGAGGCUUCGUUCUCCUGCUUUUUUAAAGCUAUUGGGAUAUAAUUUGCCUCAAUCAAAGCAAAAAUUCACCACUCUUUGCCUAUAAAGUUUCAUAAUGUUUAACCCAUCUACUGAUUUUUGGGGCAUUUUGAAACAACAUUUUUUAAAAUGCUAGUAGAACGAUGGCCACGCCUCUCCCUCCCUCUUCCUUCCACUCUGAUUGGUUGAGAGGCAUGCCAACAUGGCUUCUCCUCUCAGAGGGGCUACAGCUACAUCUGAAGACAUCAGAAACAGACAAAAAAAGGGAUCUCCUCCUCCUGUCAGUGAUGUCAGGGAAACCUCUAGCCAAUCCCAGUGUGGAUCCUAGCUGGCCCGUUUCUCAACAAAUCAGGAGGAUUUGGUUUCCAGAACCCAGCUCAUGAAGACACGGCAUCUCUAAAUACAUUUCUGAUACAAUCCAUCCUUCAUUCAACAAUAUAGGCUCCACCAACACUUUCAUUGGAAGGGGGGAGGUGAACAGGAAGUAAAAGCAUCCUCAUUUCUUGGUGGCAUCUGCAAAAAGGACGUACACAAAAACCAUGGAGCAAGGCUUUCUCAAAGUUUCCCCAGAGUUUGUUGCAAUUCAUCAGCUGCCUCCAGAGGACGACAUUGUUCUAGGAGAAAAGAGGAAAUACAUCAACCCAAGUUCUCGGAAUGAUCCUAAAUUGGAAGCCCUACAUACGGUUUUACUAGAAUGGAUUAACACAACGCUGCAGCAUGAACACAUUGUGGUGAGAAGCUUAGAACAAGACCUAUAUGAUGGGUUAGUUCUUCACCAUCUCUUAGAGAAACUUGGAUCCCUAACUUUGAAAGCAGAGAAGCUUGCCCUGACAGAAAUGAAGCAACGGCUCAAACUUGCAACUAUUCUAGAAACUGUGAGCACGUGUUUAAAACUAGAAGAAAGUGAACUGAAGUGGAGUGUGGACGCCAUCUUGAAGAAGGAUUUGCUAAGUACCUUGCAUCUUCUGGUGGCCCUUGCUGAGCACUUCAAGCCAAGCCUUGCUUUGCCUCCAAAUGUUAAAGUGGACAUAAUCAUCACAGAGCGCACUUCAAAUGGACUGAAGACAGAAAAUGGAGUAGAGUUCAUUACCAAGGACAGGGAAUGUGAAGAAAACUCUUCAAAAGCUGAGAUUUUUGAUGACUUAUUGAAAAAUGCCCCAGAGAAACUGGAUGCUGUAAAAGAGGUACUUCUGAAAUUUGUCAACAAGCAUGUUGAGAAAUUAGGUUUAACUGUAAAAGAUAUUAAUGCACAGUUUGCAGAUGGUGUUAUUUUGAUCUUGCUAAUUGGGCAGCUCCAAGGCUAUUUUCUGAACUUGGGAGAGUUCUUCCUGAAUCCAACUUCUGUUUCCGAAAAGAUGCACAAUGUUAAUCUUGCUGUAGAGUUGCUCAUGGAUGAAGGUCUUCUAGACACUCCUAUCAACCUUGAAGCUGCAACUGACUGUCACUGUGGUGCUAGUGUCGGCAGAUCUGUCAUUGCUUCUCCCUCACUCUUUGGCAACUUGGAAAUGGCUGGGUUGCAGGACAGGGGACUACACAGAUGUGGUGAACCAAGAUACAAAUGCCACAUUGCUGCUCUUAUACUGCUUGUUUUCCAAAUUCAAGACCAAAGAAAAAUAAAGAAUGAAAAUCAGAAGACUGAUCUCAAACUCAGUUUUGCUACUGAAUGGUCUGAUUUUCAAUGUCAACCUUUAUUUGAAUCUUUGCAGCUAUACAAGCUUGAUAUCAAUAUAUUAUCUAUGCACUGUGAUGUAGAUGUGUUUUGGGGUUAGAAGAAGAAACCUGGUGAAUAUUAUGAUUAACCAAUAAUGGUGAAAUUUUAGUGGACUAAAAGGAAACCCCAAAAUUACGUUUUUAUGAGCUUUGAAUCAUGUGAUGCUCCUUUUCUACCAUUCAGUGAGGCCACAAUUAGUAACUGUGAAAGUAAAAGUAAGUUACAACUGCAAUGCAACUUUAGAGAAAUAUAUUUAAUACAGGCAACUAGUCAACUAAUUUGUAACUGUUGACCUUAAAAGUCUGAGACCUACUAACAUGUGCAGCAAAUAAAACCAAGAAUGAAAACAAACAAAACAAGUGUAUUGUGAUCAUCUCCCUUUUUCUGAAUGCCUUUGUGGUUUAUUAAAGCAUUGUCCUAUAUG